AUGCCACCCCGCCUACACAACAAAAUCGCCGUAAUAACCGGCUCCUCCUCAGGCAUCGGCCGCGCCACAGCCCUAGCCUUCGCCUCAGAAGGCGCCUCCCUAAUCUGCUCCGACAUAACCGAAACGCCGCGAUCAGAAUACGCCACAGACACCUCCCCCAGCACCACCACCGUCGCCGCCGCCCACGCCCUCGGCGCAAAAGCCCUCUUCGUAAAAUGCGACACCACCUCCUCGACCGACAUCCAAGCCCUGAUCCAGACCGCAGUAAAAGAGUACGGCAGAAUCGACAUUAUGGUGAACAACGCGGGGAUUAGCGUGGAGACGGGUGAGCAUGGCAGUCGGCCUGUGUGGGAAUACGAAGAAGCGGCUUUUGAGCGCACGGUGGAUGUUAAUAUCAAGGGGGUUUUCUUGGGCACGAAGUAUGCGAGUAGGCAGAUGGUGGGGCAGGAACCGGGGGAGAGGGGGGAUAGAGGCUGGAUUAUUAAUUUGAGUAGUGUUUAUGGGUUGAGGGGGACUUCGGGGAUCUCGGGCUACGCGGCCUCCAAACACGCCGUCAUGGGUCUCACAAAGGCUGCUGCGUUGGACUGCGCGCCCUACCGUAUCCAUGUCAACGCACUCUGUCCGGGUUAUACAGCUACGGCCUUCAUCUCCUCGCUACUUACACCCGAAGCCGCAGAUUCGAAGAAAGAGGUCGAGACGAGACAUCCGUUUGGCGGGCUGGGUACGCCGCAGGAUAUUGCGAGGGCGGCGGUCUUCUUGGCUAGUGAGGAUGCGGCGUGGGUUACUGGGAUUGGGCUGCCGGUUGAUGGGGGAUUUAGCUGUAUGUGA